AUGGCUCAGUGCCUAUGCGCGCUGCUUGCAAUCACAAGGUCACAAGUUCGACCCCCACCCCCUAGGUCCUUCCAGCCUUAA